GUUUACUACGAAAUCGGCCAUGACCUCAAUAACUAUUUUUUUAAACGUGCUAUUAUUAAGUUUAACUACUACAAAUAUUCAGGCUCGUAACAAUUUAAACACAAACAAAUUAAGAGAAAAUGUACUGCUUAUUAUAAUUGACGAUUUGCGACAUCUAACGGGCAAAAAUGUCAAACUGCCUACCAUUGAAAAAAUGGCGGCAAAUGGAAUAACGUUUGAAAAUGCUUUUGCUCAGCAAGCUCUUUGCGCUCCGAGUAGAAAUUCGAUGUUAACGGGGCGCCGACCCGAUUCGUUACGGCUGUACGAUUUCUAUUCAUACUGGCGAGACAGCGUCGGCAACUUUACCACGCUACCUCAAUUAUUUAAGCAAAAUGGCUACGACACGUACUCUGUUGGCAAAAUAUUUCACCCAGGUGCCAGUUCUAAUUUUUCUGAUGACUUCCCUUAUAGCUGGACAGAGGAACCAUACCAUCCCACAACUGAUAAAUAUAAAGACGCUGCCGUGUGCAAAGAUAAAAUAACUAAUAAACUACAAAAAAAUCUUAUAUGUCCAGUUGAUGUUAUUAGUCAGCCUGAUCAUACGCUGCCUGACUUACAAACCUUGGAUUACGCAGUAAAUAUACUACAGGAAAGAAGAAAUAAAAGUCGUCCAUUCUUGCUAGCUGUGGGGUUUCAUAAACCGCAUAUACCUUUAAAAUAUCCGCAGGAAUAUUUAGAUAGAGUACCGAUAGACAAAAUACGUCCACCCAAACAUCCAAACCUACCAAAGACCAUGCCAACAGUAGCGUGGCAUCCGUGGACAGACGUCCGGCAUAGAGACGACAUAGCCCGACUCAACAUAUCUUUCCCAUUCGGCACCAUGCCGCAUGAGUGGACGCUGAAAAUAAUACAGAGUUACUAUGCCGCUGCGAUUUAUGUCGACGACUUGAUUGAAUCUCUCAUGCAACACGUCGAUUUGAAGAACACGGUCGUUGUUUUAACUAGUGAUCAUGGCUGGUCUUUAGGAGAAAACGGUCUCUGGGCUAAAUACAGCAACUUCGACGUCGCAUUAAAGGUUCCUUUGAUUUUCCUAAUACCCGGAACGAAGCCUAACACUAUAAGUUUUCCGGUAGAGCUCAUCGAUAUUUUCCCAACCUUAGCUGAGAUUACUGGUUUGGGUGAAGACAUCCCUAAAUGCACUAAAAACACUGACAUUUUAUGUUUCGAAGGCAAAAGCUUGCUCGACUUAGCAACACAAACGGAAAAUGACACUGACGAAGAAUAUUUUGUAAUAAGCCAAUAUCCAAGACCAAGCGUAUAUCCAACGAAAAACUCUGAUAAACCGAAACUAAAAAAUAUCAAAAUAAUGGGUUAUAGCAUAAGAACAAAUAACUAUCGAUACACAGAAUGGGUUUCGUUUAAUCAUACGCUUUUUACAAAAGACUGGAAUAAACUGUACGGUUUGGAACUUUAUGAUCACACCACAGAUCCAUAUGAAGCAUACAAUGUCGUUUCUAAACGUAAAUACCGCCGGAUUAGGAAACAUUUAUCUAAAUUACUAAGCGCCACUUGCACCAUCCCACUAACCCGGGGUUAACCGGUUAAACCGUUAACCCAGCGUCAAAUUGUACUGGUAACCAUGGUCAGAUUGUACCGGUUAACCCCAGUUUAGUGAAUGGUGCAAGUGACCUAAGGGAAUCUGUAUAUAGGUCCAAGACAGAAUAAAAGCAUGUGAUUACCUUAUUGGUAAAACCGUGGUACCCAAUGCACUUGUACAGAUGUUUGGCGACACCAUGGCAUGGACGAACAAAACAAAAACACUGACAAGUCUACACAAAAUCGCGUUCCUCUAAAGUUCAGGAUAUUGCCAGAUGGCAGCAUGGUCUCAGGAACAACUAUUUUUAGGGUUCCGUACCCAAAGGGUAAAAACGGGACCCUAUUACUAAGACUCCACUGUUCGUUUGUCUGUCUGUCUGUGUAUCUUCAUGAAUCGUGAUAGCUAGACAGUUGACAUUUUCACUGAU